UUCACCUUCGCCUUGGCGGUGGCGACUGGCGAGUGAUCCUUCGGCUUGGCUCGCCAGCGUCGGAGGCAUCUGAGCCGGGAGAAGGCAGACACGGGAAGAUCGCACACGGGCAGGCUGGGGCCGGAGCUCAGAAAUUCUUCAGUGGUAACCCUCACCAAAACCAAUCUAGCACUUUGAUCAUAUGAAAGAACUGGGUUGCCUGAUAGGCAGCAGACUUGGCUGUCCAGGAAGAAUGAGAAAGCAUGUGCCCUUUUAUUUGGUGGUUCUCCUUGUGGUUUCAUCCAUGGGAUACUCCUCCAGACGUUCUGCAAUGGACUUGGACGCUACACCCCGAAUGACAGUUGUCUAUAACGAUUUGUCUUCUGUGAGGCAUUUCAGCAGCCAUGCCCAAAAUUAUACCACCCUCCUGCUAGAGGAAGAGAAGGGAAUUCUUUAUGUAGGGGCCAGGGGGGCCAUCUUUUCCUUAAAUUCCACCAACAUUGCUGACGGCUCCCAUCGGAUAAUAGAAUGGAAAGCCUCUCCUAAGAAGCAGGCAGAAUGUUUGAAAAAGGGCAAGAACAAUAAGACAGAGUGUUACAACCAUGUCAGGCUUUUGCAGCGACUGAAUGCGACCCAUUUAUAUGCCUGUGGAACAUAUGCCUUCCACCCCCUCUGCACAUACAUAGAUACCAACAAGUUGAUGCCACCCUCACUCUUUGAGGAAGGGAAGGAAAAAUGUCCCUAUGACCCUAGCCAUGGUUACACGGGUCUCAUUGUGGAUGGCAGUUUAUAUACAGCAACACGUUACGAAUUCCGCAGCCAGCCCGACAUCCGACGCAGUCUGUACCAGCGGGUUCUAAAGACUGAGGAAUCCCCUUUGCACUGGUUGAAUGAUGCUGAGUUUGUGGCUUCCAUAUUGGUCAGGGAGAGCAUGAGCAGCCUUGUGGGGGAUGACGACAAGAUCUACUACUUCUUCACAGAGCGAGCAGGAGAAGAGAGCCCCUCUAUCUUUGACAAGAACCAGCAGUCCAGGGUGGCCAGGGUGGCCCGAGUUUGUAAGAAUGACCUUGGUGGCAAGAAGAUCCUCCAGUGGAAAUGGACAUCCUUCAUGAAAGCACGGCUGGCUUGCUACAUUCCCUAUUAUGAAGUCCUCAAGGAUGUUUAUAGUCUGGAUGGAGGGGACUGGCGGAAUACUGUCUUCUAUGCAACAUUCACCUUAUCAGCACAGUGGAGGAGCAUGGAGGUAUCUGCCAUUUGUCGAUACAACAUCUCUGAGGUUCAGGCAGCCUUUGAAGGGACUUAUAUGGAAUACCAGGACUCCUCCCGCAAAUGGUCCCAGUACAAUGGGGAGGUUCCAGAGCCCCGGCCAGGAUCAUGCAUCACAGAUCAUGCUCGCAAGAGUGGCUACAAUUCCUCCCAGGAUUUGCCCAACAGUGUGCUGGAUUUCAUCAAGCUCCAUCCCUUGAUGUAUGAAGAGGUGAAACCUGCAGAUGGUGACCCCUUAUUGGUGAAGAAAAAUGUAAUCUAUACCCAGAUAGCCAUAGACAGAGUCCGAGCCCUGGAUGGGCAGGAGUAUGAUGUACUGUUCUUGGGAACAGGUAAUGGUUGGAUUCAUAAAGCUGUGGUUGUUGGUUCCAUGGUCCAUAUCAUAGAAGAGAUGCAAGUCUUUAGGGAUGCCCACCCUGUGGAGAAUCUCAUCAUCUCCAAACGACAGAAGAGUCUAUAUGUAGGAUCCCAGAGUGGUGUCCUUCAGUUACCGCUUUCCACCUGUGGGCGAUAUAUGUCCUGCUUCGACUGUGUCCUGGCCCGGGAUCCAUACUGUGGCUGGGAUGGUGUGAGCUGCAGAGAGCUAGCUGAGACUCUGGACAGAACUUUCCUGACCCAGGACGUGAUGCAUGGCAACAUGGGCUGCUGGAAUGAGUCUGCCCAGGCCACAUCCACACAGAAGAAUCGGACUGUGCUAUGUGGUGACGAUGUGCUCUUGCCCUGUGAACAGGCCUCCAAUUUGGCCCAGGCAACAUGGCUGGUGAAUGGCACAAAAGUACUGGCGGAGGAGGGGCAAGGACGCUUCCACCUGGGGGUGGAUGGGCUGCUGGUGACAGACACACAGCUAGAGUACAGUGGGGAAUACCGAUGCUAUGCCAAGGAGAACGGUCUUCGGGCCCUGGUGGCCAUCUAUGCCCUGACUGUAUUGCCCGAGCAGCUGGUACCACAGUUCCCCCCGACGGAGUCCCAGCCUUUUGGGCCUGCUCCCAGACAUGAUUAUGGAGACAUGAAGUUUAUAUACAUUGCUGUCAUCACAGUGCUAGGUGGGCUGUGUCUAGUGCUCAGCGUGGUCCUGUUGUACGUCUCCUGCUUGCAGAAGCGCAGGGGCAAAUACAGUCUAGGAGUCCCACAGCCAUCCAGUGUGGAGCUGCAGACGGUCUCCUCCAAUUGUUUGGGCAAAGGAGGGCAGGAAGAUGAGGACUUGGAUGCCUACCCAGACGGCUGCCUGCAGAUCAUCCCAGGGGAAGCCAGCGCUCUAGCAUCACCAUCUAAGGAGGUGCCUCCUGUCCCACCUCCACCCCCUCCUCCACUACCUACCGAGUUCACCAACGGCAUUACCACCUUGCCCAACAUGCUGCGCAAGAUGAACGGCAACAGCUACAUGCUCUUGCGGCAGAACGAGGAACCAUGCACUUCGCCACUCUACAACUCCUUUACUGAGGAGCUGAGCAAAAUCCUGGAGAAGAGGAAACAUACACAGCUGGUAGAAAAACUGGACGAGAGCUCUGUGUAGGGGGAACAGAGAGUCCAUUUGGUUGAACUGAUCCCUCUAGUCCUUCUGUGAUUCCUUCUUAUCAAUCCAACAGAACCAGUGUUACGACUCAGCAACUACCUCCGGAGCGGCCCUCCGGAGCCGCCAUAGACUCCGCACUCAUUUCCUAUUUUUGUUGUUGAUGUUUUUUUGUUGCCAUUGUUUUGUUUUUCAAUUGCUGUAAAAAAGAAAUCUAUUUAAAUGGGAAUUAUAUUUAUAUAUAAAAGUGAUGAUAAUCAAUAUAAUAUGAGCCACCCAGAUCUGUUGAGUGUGUCCAGCUGACUCAUUCCUGGGGCAUACCUGAAACGUGCCAUUGAUUGCAUGGAGAAAUCAUGCUGCCAGAUGAGAGAGUGGGGUGAGCUGAGUAGAAGGUGGCAUUGGGUUUGCAACAUUGCCAGUGUAAGGGCAACAUGCUCAUCUGCUACUUCAACAAGUAGGUAGAGCUCUCUUUAGAAAAUCCCACUUAUGGAAAAACUCAUAUCAUAAUCUGAUGAAAUUUCUACGCAUUUGUAUAUACUUUUGAUUUUGCAUAAUUUAUUCUGAUCACUAAAUGUAAAGAUAUUUUCCGAAUAGAUGAAUGU